AUGUCUUCCCCCGAGCCCUAUACGGUCAACGUCCCUGACGCUCACAUUGAAAAGCUAAAGCGCAAACUAGAAGAUACAGAUUAUCCAGAUGAGCUUGAUACCGACGACCAAUGGCGUUACGGUGCUCCAGUAUCAGACGUAAAGAGAUUGGCAGAGCAAUGGCGCACCGGUUUCGAUUGGCGAAAAGCAGAGGCCGAAAUCAACGAGCUACCAAAUUACCGCAAGAAAGUAAAUGUCGAUGGAUUUGGGGAUGUAGACAUGCAUUUUGUAUGGCAAAAGAGCGAGGUCGAGGGCGCGAUCCCAUUGCUGUUCUGUCAUGGUUGGCCUGGCUCCUUUCUCGAAGUGAAGAAACUACUACCUUUGCUCAAAGGAGGCGACGGAAAACCCGCGUUCCAGAUAGUAGCCCCUUCCCUCCCCAAUUUCGGCUUCAGUCAACGCAUCUCCAAGCCCGGUUUCGCCCUCGAGCAGUACGCACAAACAUGCCACCGCCUCAUGCUCGACCUCGGCUAUUCCAAGUAUGUAACCCAAGGCGGCGACUGGGGCUUCUACGUAACCCGCAUCAUGGGGCUCCUCUACCCGGACGCAGUCCUCGCAUCCCACAUCAACAUGAUCCGCGCUCAUCCUCCCUCCUUCACCUCACAACCCACACUUGCACUGCAGCACGCAGUAACUCCGUACUCCUCCGCCGAGAAGCAAGGCUUGCAGCGCAGCGCCUGGUUCACCACAGAAGGCCAAGCAUACCGCCAACUCCAAGCCACAAAACCGCAAACCCUUUCUUUCGCUUUUGCCUCCUCCCCCGUCGCGCUGCUCGCCUGGAUCUACGAGAAGCUGAGGGACUGGACAGACGCGUAUCCCUGGACCGACGACGAAAUCCUGACCUGGGUCUCAAUCUAUUACUUCUCGACAGCGGGGCCAAAUGCACAUAUCCGCAUAUACUACGAAGCCGGCCAUAAUCCUACGGAGAUGGUGCCGAGCAGGGAGCGCGCGAGCGAGUGGAUACCGCGGGUGAAGCUGGGCUUAGCACAUUUUCCACGAGAGAUCACUGUUGUGCCGAGAGUGUGGGGAAAGACGCUGGGAGAUGUGGUGCAUGAGAGUGUUAAUGAGAAGGGAGGGCAUUUUGCGGCGUGGGAGAGACCGGACGUUAUAUCUAAAGACCUUCAAGAUAUGUUUGGGAAGAAGGGGCCAUUGUAUAAGAUAGUUCCUGGGAAGAGUGGGUAUUGA